ACGAUCCAUAUCCAAACACGUGUCUCUCAUUUUCAACAUGUGGGAGGCCUCAUCAGAUACCAUGUAAUGAAUCCGAACAAAACGAAGAAGAAGCCCGAUUCUGUCUCACUCUGCAUGCACCAUCUUGAUCUACCUCCUUUUAUUAUUUAUAAGAUAAGAUGAUAAAUAAACUUCAUCUCUUGGUUUUGUUUUUCUAUGAACAAUGGAAGAUGAAAGGACAAACAGAGAUAGAAAGAGGAAAACAAACACUUCUUUAGGAAGAAGCUUAACUAUUGGUGGUGAAGGUGGAAUUACUGGACUCCUUGUGUUCGGUGGAGCCUUGGCCAUUGCAGGCUUCAUGGCUGUGACUUCUUUUGGAACCAAAAAACAUAAGAAAAAAAGCAUUCAUCCUCACCAACAACAAUAUUUAUUGGAUGAUGAUGAGAAAGACUCUCUUCAAUAUUCAACAACCCAAUUUGGGGAGGAUGUUACAUCCUGUUUGGCAUCCAAUGAGUGUGCCAAGACAGAUGAUUCCUCCGAGUUGCAACCCUUGACUCUGGAGGAGAAAAUUGACAAUGAACCCAAUAGUGAUUGCUUUCAUCAUCAGGAAAUUGCCUUCUCUGAUUAUUCCCAGCCAGAAAGUGCGACAUCUUCAAACGAAAAUAACGAAAAUAUGGUUGCAGAAGAAAGUUCUAGGAUGUUUAACAACUCCGGUGACUGUGAACAAGAGGAAAAGAAGGAUGAAUCUGAAGAUAGCCUAAUAACAUUUACGGAAACCGGUGAUGAGAAUGAUGACAUGGACUCUGAUGAUGCUACGGAGGAGACUGAGGAAGAAGAUGGCCUAAUAACAUUCCCGGAAACCGGUGAUGAGAAUGAUGACAUGGACUCUGAUGAUGCUACGGAGGAGACUGAGGAAGAAGAUAGCCUAAUAACAUUCACGGAAACCGGUGAUGAGAAUGAUGACAUGGACUCUGAUGAUGCUACGGAGGAGACUGAGGAAGAAGAUAGCUCAGAAGCAAUAGAGACCACCUCCCUUGAUGACAAUGAGGAGCUGAUACAACAUAAAUACAAGAAAUACUACUGUGAAUGCGAUGAAUGCAGUAACUUAUACGCAGAUGAUGGUUCCUACUAUGCUCUAAACAAGACAGCCCCAAAAGAAGCAAUGUGGAACAAAACAGCAAGUUUCCCGGUGGCCCUGAAUGUUCAACCAUCAAUAUUGGCCACCUGGAUUCUGCCUGUGCUGAUGCUAGGAUUUCUAAUGCUCCUAGCUGCGCUGACCUGUGGCCUACUGGAAUCUCUUUAUGUUCUUGAUGACGACGACUCAGUAAGAGUCCCAUGAAGUGAAUUUAGGAUCAAUGUUUUGUUUCAAAAAGAAAGGAUCAACAUAUAUAAAUAUAUAAUGUCAGAAAAACAUAUAUAAAUGUAUAAUGUCAGAAAAACAUAUAUAAAUGUAUGAAUGUUUUGAGUUAGGAUCAA